AUGGGCCGAAGACAGUUUCUCAGACACCUGGCGGAAGUCAGUCUCCCCACAUUUGCCAAUAUCGAAGGCGUCCACACUCCGGAAGAAGGUGUUGUCAGUUUUAUUUACUGUUGUCCGGACCAAUCUUCCACUCCCAACGUGAACAUCCAAGCCUGCGCCACUAGCCUCGACGACUACCCUGACGACAACUCAUUUAUGCUCUUCACCGAUGAUGAUCGUGUUGACGCUGUCAUUCCUCAAACACUACAAACCAUAGGAGCUCAAACUCAUGGCAAAUCCCUCUCUGAGGUGCUUUCAGAGGUCUCGCAACGACUCACGGCCGCCCUCGCGGAUGGUAAUGAUGAUGUGGAUGAGCAUGACACUACAAUGGAGGACACUGAUGACGGCGAUUUUGAUUUCGAAUACGACUCAGAUGAUGCUGGCUUUGGGCUGGCAGAUUUACAGCCCGUGAAGAGCACCGUGGCCGCUGGCUCGUCGAAUGCGAGAAAACUGUCGAACCACACAUCCGUCAGUAUUGAAAAGAUAAGAGCCGAUGUCAGAGCACUCAAAGAGGCAGGCUAUCGUGUGGGCAUUUUCGGCAACUUGGCGACUUCAGGGAUUCUAUGCGUCUCCAUCCGUGUGUCGAGGCUCGGUCUCUCAGAGGAGGCGAUGCAAGCAUGGAGUCUGCGACGUAAACAAUACUUGAUCUUCCUCAUAAGAUAUGUGGGAGGCUACUGCGAAGCCAGCAAGAUCACACAACUAAGCGACGUCAACGGCAGAAUGGAGUUGCAUGUUGCCCUCUGCGAACACUACAAGCCUCCUUUACGCGACGUCAACGCAGUAUUUCAAGCCAAUAUCCUGCAGAAAGAUCCCGAUACUUCAGACGUCUCUGGGCUUUUGGAGCCCCUCUUCAUGGGCAAGCCACUGAAUCAGUUCCUGGCAGAGCGGUUCAUAAACAUCAUAAAAGCCCGACAUAUCUACAGACUCAGCUGGCUGGGCGCCGAGAAGAUGGUUGAGGCAAGACAAAUGUUUACCAGCGACACCACCGUCGAUAAUCUGAAGGCCUACCAAUGCGACGACAAAGCACAGAAGACUGCACAACUACCAUCGGUAGUGAUGGCGGACCAUAUGGCCCAAGUGUCAUUGGAGAGAGCUUCAUUACCACUGAUUGCUAUGCAAUUUGUCCUCAGACACUUUGUGCGUUGCACCGAGUUCUGCUUGGUAUGUCAUUGCCGCGUAGACGACUCUUUCGAGGCUCUGAAACCGUACGUCUGCUCAAAGCCACUGUGCUUAUACCAGUACAUGACGCUUGGAUUUGGACCAAGCUUGGAAUGGGACAUCUGCUCGCAACCAUACGUUGUGGAUUUGUUGGUCAGUUUUUGCAAUGUCGCAGCGAGCACAGGUCGAGUGAAAGACCUCCCGGUGGGUUUGAACCUAACAGUCCCCGUUCUGCCACAUUACACUGUCCCGUUUCCCCAGUAUGCCUCCCGUGCAAUUACGACACCGAACCCGCCAUCCGGAAGGGCUGAUACUCCGCCAGCUACCUCUGAUAGCACAUUUGGAUGCACAUGGCACGCCGACGUGCACCGACUUGAGAAUGUGGACGACGACUUCUCUCCCCUGCAGCGAUUGAGACCUGGAGAGUGGGUAGUCACCAUUUCCACAGAGAAUCGUGUCGCUGCACAUCAUCGAGUAAAGAAGGUAUUGCCCAGUUCAAUUGAGCUGGAUGAACCAGUCUUUGUUGCCUUCACGGCGCAAAAUCAGGGCCAGCAACAGCCGACGACCUCAGCGACAUCGAGCGCGUUCAAGAAAGGGAUGAAGGCCAACUGUUACGUUUAUAACAAGAGUUUUGACGAUCUAACAGCAACACAACAGCAACAUGCCAUUGUUACGUUGUUGAGCGCCCUCCCGAGCAUCGGAGAAAUGUGCAAGUAUUUGAAGUCUCAAGGUCGGGGUCGUGAUGGCAACCUGAAGUCAUGGCAGAGAAUAUCUGAGUCGUCACUCAAUUUGCUGCGUUGGGUGGUCGCCUCCAAUCGAUCGUGUAUUCUCCAGGUCGAUCAGCUAGAGGACGACCCAUACAAGAAUGGCACUAAAGCCGAAGAUCGUGUUGGAGGAAUGGAAGGAUACAUGCAAUUCCGCUUCGCGCAAGGCGCGCCCGACAAGGAAAAGAGAUUCAACGACGCAGUCCAAGCCGGAAAUGCAGCGACAGGAACAAAAUAUCCCACACUCUUUGCAUGGCACGGCAGCCGACUAGCAAACUGGCAUUCCAUCGUUCGACAAGGCCUUCGUUUUGACGAGGUAGUCAACGGCCGAGCUUUUGGCAAUGGAGUCUAUCUGUCGCCACAUGCUUCGACCAGUCUCGGCUACUCUCACGCAGAGCAUGUCUCACAAACAAUGGGCAACACCUCGCACGAUUGGAAACCUUCGAUGCUAAAAAUCUCCAGCGCAUUCUCGCUCAAUGAAGUCGUCAACAAUCCUGGCGCGUUUGUUUCGAGUUCGCCACAUUACGUCGUUUCCCAGAUUGACUGGAUUCAGACGCGCUAUUUGUUCGUCAGGGUAUCUAGCGCCUUCAAGUUCACAGAGUGGAAUUGUAGAGAGUUUUAUACCCAAGAUCCUGCGAGGCAGAUUCGUAGCGAAUCUGGAAAGUCUGUUACUAUUCCGCUCGCCGCUAUCUCCAAGACUCGCAGACCAGGCAACACUGUCCAAAUGGCAAGAACAGGGUCCGGAAAGAGGACCAAGAGCGUUGUGGAGAUUGAUCAAGCGACUGCUGACCGUCAAGCAGACGAUGCUGAAAGUGUGGUGUCUGACGCCGCAGAUUUGGCUUUCUUGACACAGGACAUGGUUGAUGACUGUGGGACAGCUCUUCGAGAGAAGGCAGGUAUAUCUUCUCCCGGCCAAGUAUCUCCAAGCCAGGGUCUCAAACGACGUGCGGACAUGCUUGCUGAGACCGAAUUUGUCCCUGGAGCCCUCGACGUGGGUAACAUCAAGUUCCUGGAGCCGCCGAAAGACGCAACGAGUGCCUCUACUCAAGCGCUGAUGCGCGCUCUACGGGAGGCCUUGUCUGUGCAAGACAAAACUCCACUGGCGGCUCUGGGCUGGUAUAUCGACAAGAACUUGAUCAACAACAUGUAUCAGUGGAUCGUGGAACUGCACAGCUUCCCAGCGAAGUUACCUCUUGCCACCGACAUGAAGGCUGCCGACAUCACGUCGAUUGUGUUGGAGAUGCGGUUUUCGAAUCAGUUCCCAUUUAGCCCGCCCUUCAUUCGCGUAAUCAAGCCAAGAUUCCUGCCAUUUGCGCAAGGCGGCGGAGGAAACGUCACAGAAGGGGGAGCAAUGUGUAUGGAAGCGCUAACCAACAAUGGCUGGACGGCUGCUCAAAACAUUGAAAGUCUCCUGCUUCAGGUGCGCAUGUCCAUCUGCGACGAAGAACGACCUGCUAGACUUGCAUCUUCCCGGUCCCAUGGCCGACGAGAACACGACACUUACGGUAUCGGCGAAGCUGUUGCAGCCUACAUCCGUGCCUGUCAAAACCAUGGCUGGACAGUGCCGUCGGGUUUCGACAAAUUUCAGAGAGAAUGA